GGUGUGCUGUGGAGUCCAAGAAUUCCAAACAUAUAUUUGUUGUUGCGACAGCUUUCAUUUCUGUUCAUUACAGCCAUACUUGGAUGUAUAAAAGACUAAUGAAUUCUAAUAUCUCUUAUUUCUGGGCGAUCCCCUCCUAUAUAUCGGCAAAAAUUGCAAAGUUAGAAAAUAGUGCUAAAGUCGCGUUUUGUUCUGUGCGAUUUGUUGCCAUUCUUUCGAACGCUUUCCUCGUUGGACUGAUUUCAGCUGCUUCAGUGAAUAUAACUACUCAACCUCUUUAUUUUUUUCCUUCAUGCAGUUAAUGGUAAAAGGCUGAAUGGGUACUCGAUUAUCUGUAUCACUGGAAGAUCCAGAAGUUUCACCUCGAACGGAUCGACCUCCCACUUUCGAUCCACUCUAUGGAUUUCCUAAAGGACGAAAACCGCGUGAAAUGAAAACAACGUGGGAGGAAAUGGAUCACUGGAAGCUGGAAUUCGGCGAUCGUGAUUACUGCGCUCACCUACUGAUUAAUCUCAAAAAGUGCCAGCGACAGUAUGCUCCGUUUUCGCAUUAUUAUUGCAUAGAUGAUUAUCAUGGAUGGCAAAACUGUGAAUACGAAGAUCAUAUCUUGAGGAUGAAAGAAUUCGAGCGAGAAAGACGGUUACUGAAACGGGCUUCCCGUAAAAGAGCCGCCCAAGAGAAGUCGAGUAUUGUUUAAGGGAAAGUAGUAGUGUAAAUUUGUGUGCAUUGUUUUAACAUUGUUUGGGUCCCUUACUUUUUAGUUUUGUAUACAUUGUAGUAAAUAAAGUUUUUCUUCA